AUGGCAGAGAAAGUUCUGGAGGAGCAAAGUGGUUCUAGCUCUUUAGGAGAGGCGGUGGCAGUGAACUCCUUGUUGAAAGCCUCGGGUGAGAAGGUCCUGUUCGAGGGGUGCGUGGGGAGCCUAGCAGCUAAGGAGGAGCCGUUACCUGUAGGCGUGAAGGGAAUAAAAGCUAUUUCCUAUAAGGAUAAGCUCCUGCAACUAAAAGGCAGUGGGUAUAUCCCUGACUCGGUGGAAGAUAGUUGGAUGACACUCUUUAACAGGGAUGAAGAGGGCAUCUACCUCGAUGAAGAGAGUGAUAAGGAUGUUGAGAAAGAUCCUCUUUGCCUAGCGUACCAGCUUUCUAAGGAGAUGCACCAGGAAGACUGUAAGAAGUGGAGGCUCUCCCUCAUUAUCAAAUUGCUAGGUAAAAGGUUGGGGACCAGAUUCCUCAUGACCAGACUCCAAAGUUUGUGGAACCUUGUGGGGACCUUCGAGCUGAUAGAGAUGGACAACGGGUUCCUCCUUAUCAAGUUUCAGGAUCAAAGGGACUAUGUCCACGUCUUGCAGGAGGGUCCCUGGGUAGUUAUCAGUCACUACGUUGUGAUGCAGAGGUGGCGACCUAUGUUUGAUCCUUACAAUGAAACGGUCAAGAAGCUGGAAGUGUGGCUUAGGAUUCCUGGUUUACCGAUUGAACUCUUUUCUUCACACCAUCUUUGGAAAAUAGGGAAUAUUUUCGGUAAGACUCUGAAGGUGGACAGAAACUCCCUCAGAGCCUCGGACAGUAAGGCUGGGGUAGUUACAGAGAAAGCUAGAUUCACCCGAAUCUAUGUUGAGCUCGACCUUGGGAAGAGCCUGGUCUUAAAGUUUACGAUUGGCUCUAGAAUUUUCAUGGUUGGCUAUGAAGGUUUGCACCAAGUUUAUUUUUCCUAUGGCCAAUAUGGUCAUAAGAAGGACGCCUGUGUAGUGGGAGCCCCCACCCCUGGGUUUGUAGCAUGUGAUGCCUAG